AUGUUGGAAAUAUUUUCUCUUUUGUUUUUGUUUGUCUCCGUCUCAAUCAACGGUAACGGGGUUUUGUCGUUGGAUGCCAGUUACAACCCAAGAACCGGUCAUGCAGCUAAGAGAAGUAACGAUGCAAACAAUUCAACUUUGUUAGUUUUUCAUGAAGAUCUGCUGGAGAGAAGAGUGAAAUCAUCAGACGUCAUCUUUAUCGGGACGAUCGUUAAAUUGGAUGACAAAAACAAAAUCAUAAACGAUGCUCAAAAUAUUUUAACAAAAAAUUACUCGAACGACAACGAGGUGGUAGAUUCUAGUACAAACGAGUCAGAAUACUUUACAUUGUUUUACGGAAAUCCCAAGUUAAUUGACUCAGAUGGAAAUGUCAAUCUGAUGAGAAAAAAGGAAGAAAUUGGAAGAAAGAAGAUGAUGGGUAUGGUUGAAGUGGAAAGAGUUCUGAAAGGGGGCUACCUCCUCAGUCUGAUGCCUCGCUACGGCAGGAUUACUAAGGAUGAUCUGGGACGUGGCAUCUCCAGUAAGAAGUGGGUUCUCGUUCACGACAUCAAUAAGUUUGGUCAAAAAUUGAAAAAGAGAACAUUAAAGAAAAUGCAUCUCAAUAAUAACAAUAAUAAAAUUGCUAAUAAUAACAACAACGAGCAACUAAAAGUGAACGAUACGAAAAUUUUCUUCCUCAAAGAAAUGCAGCCACAGAUGCUUCACCUGAACUCCUCGCUGAUUGAUGACACUGCAAACAACGUCAAAAUGCUGGAAUACGUUGUCAGAAAGGCACAUGCAAGAGGGAGUGCUGAGGCUCAAUUAAUUUGUUACUCUAAAAAUCAAGUCACCAGGCAUGGGAAAGACUGA